AUGGCAUCUGCUGUGGGAGAGGGCAGCGGCGCAACAGCUGUGGAAGCAUGCGCUUGGCCGCAGCCAGCAGCAGCCAUCCCACGCAUGAGGGUCCUGACUACGGGGGCAGACUUCCGCCUAUGCCGCCUCUUGCGAUCUGGACUGACAAGGAUGGGCAGCCAGAAUCUCAACGCCAGUAGGAAUGUGGAGCAGGGCGCGGAUGGAUGGCGGUCGCAUGCAAUUCAGGCCAGCGCGCAUGCCGGUCAGGGUGUGGGACAAGAAGAGGGACAGCCAUUAAGUCAAGCCAGUGAGGCAGCCAGGGACGACGUUAGGUGGGCAGCUUGUGGCUUUGAGCAGGGCUGGGACUGCUCGGGGCCGCCCAUGAGCCAGGCCAUCCAGGAAGCUAAGCAGUAA